AUGAGCGCCGUAGCAGACGUUACACAGGGCGACAGUGUCCCCUCGCAGGACAUGCUGGCCCCGACGCACUGGGAGAACACUGAAGCUACCGAUAACUCAGAUUCCGACUCUGCGCUAGGCGACGACGCUGCUAGUUCUACCGCCAGUAUCAACUCCAGCAUUCUCGAGUACCGGACCAUCAACGGGCGGACAUACCACGCCGAGCGAGGCGAUGCCCAGUACUGGGCGUCCAACGACAACCAGGCCUCUGAGGCUCUGGACAUUAUCCAUCAUACUUCCACGUUGAUCAUGGACGGCAAGCUCUUCCUCGCUCCCGUCAAAGAGCCCAGCAAAGUCCUCGACAUCGGAACCGGCACUGGGAUUUGGGCCAUGGACUUUGGCGAUGAGUUCCCCGAGGCGGAGGUCAUCGGUACAGACAUCUCGCCCAUCCAGCCAACCUGGGUUCCCCCGAACGUCAAGUUCGAGAUCGAAGACUUCACCCUCGACUGGACGUUCCCUCCAAACUCCGCCGACUUCGUCCACCUCCGUUUCCUCUACGGCAGCGUGCCCGACUGGUACGCCUUGUACGAGCGCGCGUACCAAGUAACCAAGCCCGGCGGCUGGAUCGAAUCCCACGAAGGUGACCCCAUGGGCCGCAGCGACGACGACAGUCUCAAACCUGGUAGCGCCAUUGCAGAAUGGGGCAAGUUCUUCCAUGAAGGCGGCAAGAAGCUCGGUCGCGUGUUCACCCCUCUCCCAGAUAAUAUGCAGGAGAAGGGUCUCAAGGCCGCUGGUUUCGUGGACAUCCAGUCCAAGACGAUCAAGGUUCCUGUUGGCGAUUGGCCGCAAGAUGAACGACUCAAGGAGAUUGGAAGGUUCACAACAAUGAGCAUUCUAUCCGAUGUAGAGGGACACAUCUCGUUCAUGGCUACGCUUCUUGAGGGAUGGACUCAGGAACAGGUCCAUCUGUACUGUGCCCAGCUGAGGAGGGAGUUGAAGUCCAAGAAGCCGGCGCACGCUUACUACUUGCAACGUUUUGUUUGGGGACGCAAGCCAGCCGAGGGUGAGACUACAGCGACAGGGUAG